AUGCCUGGAACGGCACAAUACCUUGAGCGUGGGGGGCUUCUCCAAAGAUUCCGCGACUCAUCUGAGGACUGGCAUUCAAGUGAAGAGUCUCAAUCAAAUAAUACUACAUCAUCAGGAUCGAUAGAAACGCAGCACGAUCUGAGAUUUCCCCGAAGGCCAGAGAACCAAUCUACACACCCGACAUCUGCGAAUCAAUUAUCGAAUACCUAUCAAAUUUCCAGCGACCAGACAAAGAGCCCUGGGGCGAGCGCAAAAGCUCAGGAAGGCAAACUGGAUCAUCCAGCGUCAAGCCGUGCGCGCGAUGAUUUGCUUGGUGAGAGCUUCUUUUCAACUUGGAAAGAUGGCUCCGCCGGCGAUGAGCUCGAUAACACGGAUGAGAUGCAGAAGAAAGAUCCCUUGGCAACACAGAUUUGGAAGUUAUACAGUAAAACAAAGAAGAACUUGCCAAACCAGGAGCGACUAGAGAAUCUAACAUGGCGCAUGAUGGCAAUGAACCUGCGAAAGCGCAAGCAGGAAGAAAACGCUCGAUCAUCUCGACAAGAUCACCAAAUCCAGAUUUCACAGGGGCCGAGCGGAAUUGCCCAGUUGAGAAAAUCUACGGACCAAACCGCUGUAGAUAUUUCCGACGCCAUGAAUUUGGACGACUUUAUAUUCUCUGAUAGUAUAUCCACACCAGCAGAUAUCGCCACUUCGCCUUCCCCGGAACUCACGAAAAGGGAGGUUGACAGGUCGUCGAACACUGUAGCUUCGGCGAUUCCUAUCAAAAUGCGGAAGGAAUCGACGCAGCAAUUUUCUGUCCCACAAUCUGUCCCAGUCCCUCAUCACGCCCCUCGAAGUAACGAAGAAUUUAACUAUGUGCAGAGACAUGUGAGGAAAACAAGUAUCGAUGAGCGUCGAGCCCGCAAACGACCGGCCGAUUUCUCGCCUCAAGUCAACAGCAUAAUGAUUCCCAACGAUCCGGAUCAUGACGAUCUUCAAGAAUAUUCUUUAAACCAAUCUCACGCGCCAUUUAGUAGCCACGGAAUUACAGGUGUACCAUUUCAACUAGAUACUUUCAACAUGGAUAACGACCCGAUCAUAACCUCGGCGGGUCCUUUCCAACAGAACUUCAACUUCUCUCCAUCACAUUCGCCCCUCGUUCCCCAUGGACCGUUCUCUUCAAUGUACAACAAUGCUUCGAUGCCAUCUUCCUCCUUGAACUCGAACGAUUACUACUCUCCUCCUGGAAGUGCUUAUCCGUCUGCAGUCUCUACUCCUCAGCCCAUCCCAGAGGGUCAGGAGAUGUACUUCCAACAUGGAAUGAAUAUGCGACACCAACGCCCACACACUUUCAGUCAAGGGCCUUCCAGUCUCUCGAAUUCCAUGGCCCCUCAAUACAUGUAUAAUGGCAAUGGUGGAUCCAUGUUUAGUGCAGUAACAGCUUCUGGCCCGACUAAUAAUGCAUAUGCUUCCGCUGGUGGGUUCGGUUUGUCACAACAUAUAGACCCAGCCCAGGUCUUCCAACCCGAUCAUCCUGUGCGAUCUCCUAGUGUCCACAUUGGUCAAGACAAUAUGUUUUCAUUUGGAGGGGAUUCUGAUAAUGAUGAUGAUGAAAGUCAAGUUUUUGCAGACCGAGCGCUCAUGCUACAACAUGAUUUCGUCCAAUCGCCUUUGGAUGACCAGAACAUGGAUAUGCAUGGAAAUGGAAGCUUACAGUGGGAUACUAGUUUGUCAGGGCAAUUUACUACUCAAGCGGCACGAUAUCCGGGCGGACCACCAAGAAAGCAAGUCACUAUUGGUGGAACAGAAAUGGUAUCGUCCCCAUUGGAGUGGGAUGGAUCCGGAGGUUCUCUAGGGAGACAUCACGGCUCUACCCAGUCUGUUUCCGAUAAUCGCACAGCGAGUGAUAGAAGACAAAAGGUUCCCCGAACUGCCUCAACACCAAAUGCAGUCCUCCUUGGCCAAAACAGCAUGUUCGACAACUCUGGACCAAACUCGCCUCCAGAUGCUAAUAACAUGUCAGGAUUUUCAUCUGUAGCUCCCAGUAGACCAGGAUCUCCCGGUGGAUCUAAACACGGUUCGACUACCAAUUUAGCAGCAGCUGGAGGUCAAGGAGACAAUGGGCUUCCAACAACAUGUACAAACUGUUUUACGCAAACAACACCUCUCUGGAGACGAAACCCAGAAGGACACCCUCUUUGCAAUGCUUGCGGUCUCUUCCUCAAGCUACACGGUGUUGUACGCCCCUUAUCCUUAAAAACGGAUGUCAUCAAGAAGCGUAAUCGAGGCUCUGGUGCUACGCUUCCCAUCGGUACUUCCGGUGGUGCUUCGACACGAGCUUCCAAGAAGAUGGGCACAAUGAGCAGUGGGCCUAAUACCAGGAAGAAUUCAAUGGUUGCAGUAACAAGCAUGGCCAACACGGCACCUCCAACACAGGUAACAACACCUACCAGUAGCCAUGGAAGAAAUGCAAAUGAGAGUGCCAGUCCGCCUUCGAUUGCGGGUUCAUUAGGGAAUGGAGGAAGUACUGCAGGCAGUACGCCAACUUCCUACCAUGGUUCUGCAGGCUCUUCUUCGGGUACAACAGGUGUCAGCGGAGGUAAGGGUGUAGUCCCUAUAGCUGCUGCUCCCCCGAAAGCAACACCCGGCCCUGGUGCAGCAUCCAGCAUGCCUCGAUCGAAUGCAAUGCCUAAGCGACAAAGGAGACAUAGCAAGAGUGUUAGUGCAAUUGAGAGUAUGGACAUUGAUUCGCCCGAAACUUCCACCGAUAGCAAUGAGGCUGCAAAGUCUAUUGGUAUGGGAAUGAUGGCUGCUCCUAAUGGAUCUAUGACCAAUAUGGGCCUAUCAAAUGGAUUUGGGAUGCCAGCAAGACCAAUGAUGGGGCCAGGAGGUUCUGGGAUACCCAUGGGUAUGGGAGGUUCACAACAUGGAAUGGUUAUGAAUAGCCAGAAUGGAGCAAAUGGUUCUGGUGCCGGUCCUCAAGAAUGGGAAUGGCUAACCAUGAGUCUUUGA